GUGAGCUUCACUCGGAGCUCCUCGCCGAUCAAACUCAAUCCCCGCCGGUCUGAACUUCAGCCGGACCUGUUUGAUCCGCUGCAGGAAGAAGACAAACUAAACAAUGUUUGGUCGCAGAGCUUUGUUAGCCGCUCUGCUCGCUGCAGCUGUCGGAGUUUACCUGCUGCCUUCUCCCAUAGACCCCAAACCUCAUGUACUGAAGGGGCCUCCUCCGGCCCUCGAGGGUCCUCUGGCUGUAAACACCCGACUGCAGAAGGGCCGCAGACUGUUUACGGGGAAACUACACGGCCCAGAAUCCUUCACUGCAGACGAGGAGGGUCAUGUCUACACAGGAACAGUGGACGGGAAGCUGUGGAGGAUCGGUCCUGACGACAGCCUCACGCUCAUCACACAGAUGGGACAGGAUUUACCAGAAUGUGGCAGCAGCACAGACUUCGAGCCCGUGUGCGGUCGUCCUCACGGCGUCCGUCUGGAUCGUCGCGGUCAGCUGAUCGUAGCCGACUCUUACUUUGGGCUGCACAGCGUCGACCCAGAAACUAAAGAAAAGACUCUGCUGCUGGCUAACUCACAGGGUGCUGACGGCGUUCCCUUUGCCUUUCUGAACGGCCUGGAGGUUUCCUCUCAGACGGGGGUGAUUUACUUCACAGACUCGUCAAGCCGAUGGGGACGCAGACACGUCAAACUGGAGGUGAUCGAGCUGAACCGCCUCGGUCGUCUCCUCUCCUUCGACCCUCAAACACAAAGUGUGAAGGUUCUGCUGGAUUCUCUCUACAUGCCCAACGGCAUCGCUCUGUCUCCAGACGACAACUUCCUGCUGCUGGCAGAGACCAGCAUCGGACGAGUACUCAGAUUUUGGCUGAAGGGUCCAAAGGCUGGAACCAAAGAGAUCCUCCUUGACAACAUGAUCGGUUACCCUGACAACAUCCGCCUUAGCGACCACGGAACAUUCCUGGUUGGCAUAACGACGCCAAGGUUCCGGAAGCUUGUGCCUCCCUUCCUGGAUUUGAUCGCCCCGUAUCCAGCAGUCAAACGCUUCCUGGCAAAGGUGAUUCCUCUGAGCUGGUACGACGUCCUGCUGCCCCGCUACGCUCUGGUCCUGGAGCUGGACUUGGACGGUCAGAUCGUGGGAACGCUGCACGACCCCGAGGGCCGCCUGACGUGGGCCAUCAGCGACGUCUUCCAGCACCGGGGGAGGACGUACCUGGGCAGCACCGACCUGCCCUUCCUGCCCGUGCUCGACGGCUGGGAGAGCUGAGGACGGACCCAGACGGCUGAAAAAUCACUGGAGGUCAUUUAUCUGCACUACUGACAUGUUGUAGCACUGAUCUGUAAACUGACUCUGAUGGAUAAACUCCCUGCACUUAAACAUCAAAGUCGCCUCAUCAGCAGGAAGUUCUGAACGUGCUCUGAUUCAGAAGGAAACUUUUCUAUGAAGAGCGGAUGAAAUAAAUCAACAUUAUUCUGGUUUACAAACUGACUUUGAACUGGACUCCUUCAGACGAACUCACACUGGAUCCACUCACCACUUUGCCUCAACUGGAAUCAAAACGGGAAGAAAGCGCACAGCCAGCGCUUUUUUUCUGCCUGGAAAAAAACGCUCGGUGGACGCGAGGCUUUGAGUAGACAGAAGACGAGAAAAACACUUAACAAGCUCAAGUUUCAUUUACCAUUUUUCUCAGACUAAUUGAAUCUCCUCCGCCCUCGAUGUGAGACUACAUGUUAACUUUAAAACGGACGAGCUGUGUCUGUAGUUUAACUUCCAACAUAUUCAUAUUUGACUGUCUGAACACUGUGGGACUGAAAACAUACAAAUAAUACAGUUUUGUAAAGUUAGAUGUUGAAAUAAAUAAUUUAUAUUAAAAACAUUUCACUUCCUCUGAAUCCUGGAGAAUAAAUAUUGAUGAACUGUGA